GACCAAGCAUAUGCGAUUGAGGCCCCAGCAAAACGAGUCCAGAACCCUCCCACACUCCCUCACUCUCCAAGGCGGCGGCGGCGGCGGCGGGGUGGGCUAUGGACGGCGGAGCCGGAGCCGGAGCCGGAGCCGCAGCGCCGCCCCAUGCCGCAACGAACACCUACCCUGCGUCCAACGUCGCGAUUGCCCCCUUCCCCGCCCCCGUCGGUAUCAGGGUUGAGAAUUGCUAUGUGUUCAAGAGCCGCCUUCAAGAGUAUGCGCAGAAAGCUGGUCUUCCAACACCAGAGUACCAUACCCUCAAAGAAGGCCCUUCCCAUGAACCCAUCUUCAGGUCCACGGUGGUCGUUAACAACAACAAGUACGACUCGCUGCCCGGAUUCUUCAGCCGAAAGGCUGCAGAACAGUCAGCAGCGGAAGCUGCGCUCAUGGAGAUAGUCAAGUCGGUACCAGCAAAUGAAAACAUCCCAGCAGUUCAAGAAACUGGCUUGUGCAAGAAUCUUCUUCAGGAGUACGCUCAGAAGAUGAAUUAUGCCAUUCCGUCUUAUAUUUGCACUAAACAAGCUUCAGGCGUAGCUCCUUUCAUAUGCACUAUUGAGAUUGGUGGCAUACAAUACAUUGGUGCUGCAGCUAGAACGAAGAAGGAGGCAGAGAUAAAAGCCGCCCGGACUGCUCUUCUGGCAAUCCAGGGUCAAUCAGAGGGUUUCACAAAUGGUGCUACAAAGUACAUUGUUGUUCCUAGCCAAAGGCAGGUUAAGGAGACAGAGAAAAAGGCAGUUGAAACCCCAAAACCACUUAAAGUCAAGAAAAGUGGUUACAAGAAAAAAUGGAACAAGAGGAAAUUCAUGAGGAAGACUGACCAAACAGUUGAUGCUGAAAAGGAUGGAGCUAUAGUGGUGGCUGGGGAUGCUCAUGAUUCUGAUGUCCCAAUGCAGACAACAAUAACAGAGGAGCCAUCCACCCACACUAUAAUCUCACAGCCUGAUGAGGAAGCAAGAAGAGUAGAACAUGAGCUUCUUAGAUAUACUACAAUGGUGCAAUCUAAUGAGGAAGCUACAAUUGCAAAGCAGGAGCCACCCAGUGGCAGUGCAAUGCUGCUACAUGAUGAUGAAGCUAGAAGAAUAGAACAGGAACCAUCAAGAGAUACUGCAAUGGUUUCAAUUGUAAAGCAGGAACCACCGAUUGACACUGCAAUUCUGCAACCUAGAGAGGAAUCUAGGACAGUGGAACCGGAACCACCCAGAGAUGCUGCAUUGUUGCAACUUAAUGAGGAAGCUAGAAGUAUAAAACAGGAGCCACUCAGUAAUGCUGAAGCCUAACGAGGAAUCCCUAGUUCCCUAUAUGCGACAUCCCUAAAUGGCUAUAUGUGAUUUGACUGUGGGGUUUAAAAAAGAUGUAAUACAUUUUCGGAAGUCAUGGAAUGAGUACCAUUAUGAUCUGUAGUCUUGCAAGCAGGACAAUUAUGAUGUGAAAUGGGUAUCCACAGCGCAUUUUUGCUGUUA